AUGGCUACAACAUUAGAAGGAUACUCACCAGAAACUGAGUCUGACUCAGAACAGGUUGUUAGACAAAAGGAAGACAUAGUUCUCUUUAUUGGAAGACACAAUUCUCGUUAUAAGAUUAGGCUUUUUGAUCUUAAAAAUCAGAAUUUAGUUAAAGGCUUACCUAAGCUGAAGUUUACUUCAUAUGCUCUUUAUGAAACAUGUCGGAAAGGCAAGUUUUCUCAAACGUCUUUCAAAUCUAAAAAUGUUAUUUCUACCUCCAAACUUUUGGAGCUUCUACACAUUAACUUGUUUGGUCUAGUGAAAAUUGCAUAUGCCAAUGGUAAGAAGUAUGGACUUAUUAUAGUUGAUGACUAUAGUCGUUGGACAUGGGUGAUAAUCCUAAAGCGCAAGUAUGAGUCACAUUCUAUAUUUACCAGUUUCUGUUUUAAAGUGCAAAAUGAGUUUGAUUCUAAGAUUGUUAGAGUCAAAAUUGAUCAUGGUGGUGAGUUUGAAAAUAAACAGUUUGAAGAGAUAUUUGAUUCUAAUGGCAUAUCUCAUGAUUUCUCCUGUCCUAGAACUCCACAGCAAAAUGGAAUUGUAGAAUGGAAGAAUAGGACAUUGCAAGAAAUAUUUACAGAUCUAGAAAUUACACUUGCAGGAUCUAGAGAAAAGUCCAAGAAUUAUGAAGACAAGGUUUUUGAUAAAGAUGAUACAACAGAACCCACUGAAGUUCCAUCAUUUCUGAAAAGGAAAAGGCAGAGACAAACAGUAUCUGAAGUUCUGACUCCGGGAAAUAAAGUAGAACCUGUCAGAACAAGAUCCACUUUCAAACAAUCUGAAGAAACUCUUCUGGGAUUGGUUUCUCUGAUAGAACCAACUUCUUUUGAAGAAGCGCUUCAAGAUAAUGAAUGGAUUCUGGAAAUGCAAGAAGAGCUACAUAAGUUCUCCAGAAAUGCUGUUUGGGAUCUGGUACUGAAGUCCAAAGGAACUCAUGUUAUUAGAACAAAAUGGGUAUUUAGAAACAAAUUGGAUAAGAAAGGUGAGAAUAUAUGA